CUCCUCGAAAGAUUUCCAGAAGUGGUCGCUAUAGAAAGAGAAGGUGAAGGUAAGCUGUCUUGGCCAGUUCAUAUUUUAACAGAGUGUUCAUGAACUCGGUUAGUAAAAUAUAAACGGUUGUCCACGUCCUUGGAAUUAAUUCCUUGUUAGAGAACUUUGAUUAAGGGGACCCCUUCAUGAAUCAGAUUCAAAUCACAAUCUUCAAGAAUCCUAACUGUCAAUUUUUUAUUUAGUCACCAACAUUUUGUUGUCUGUGUUAUUGCCAUUUGCGUAUUGAUACCUUCUAAUCAAGUGAAGUUGUCUUUUGAACCUAAUAAACCUGACUUUUUCCGCGGCAAUCUGCAUGCGUGAGCUCAAAACUUCACUUCCCUCCAUUUACUACGAUUCUUCAUUUUCAGGUGUGUAUACAGCAGCGCAUGACCUGGGCAUUGAGUGGACUGUUAUUAAAGGAAUUUCAGGCUACGCGGAUGGCAGAAAUGUGUCCAAUUCCUGGAGACCGUUCGCAAGUUUAAUGGCAGCUUCCCUUAUGGCUCAUAUUCUCAGUGAUGCAAUUCCCUUUCAAGACAUGCCACACUAC